CCUUCCCUUCCCGCCCCACACCCCCAACUUCUGCUUUGGCCCCCGCUUCCGUCAUCCCGUCCCAGCUUCCGACGAGACAUGGAGCCCUGGGUUCUGCUCGCCUGCCUGGGGGCAGUGCUGACCUCCUGCCGCGGCUCUGGGGUGGACGUGGAGACGGUGACGGUCUUCCAUGGAGACGCCGGGGGGGCUUUCGGGCAGACCGUGGCCCAGUUCGGCACCACCGACGACGGCGGGGUCCUUGUGGGUGCCCCGUUGCAACGUGGCACCGUCAACAAGAUGGGGACGAUUUACCGAUGCCGGCACCGCUCGGGGAAGUGCCAGGAGGUCCCCGUCACUGGACCCCCGGGGGCCGUCAACACAUCCCUGGGCUUAGCGCUGGCCACUGGGGACACUGGGGCCCUGGCGUGCGGCCCCACGGUGCCCCAAGCCUGCGGGGAGAACGUCCACCUCAACGGCUUCUGCGUCCUCCUUGACGCCAACCUCCAGCAGCUCCAGCGCAUCCCAGUUGCCCAACCAGAGUGUCCCAAGCGCUCCUCAGAUGUGGUGCUCCUCAUCGACGGCUCGGGCAGCAUCCACGACUAUGACUUCUCGACCAUGAAGACCUUCAUCGCGGAGGUGAUGAAGCGCUUCAAGGGCACCGACACGCGGUUUGCUCUCUCCCAGUUCUCCGAUGUCGUCGUGAACCACUUUGACUUCAACGCCUUCCGGAGGUCCCGAGACCCCAUUGCGCUGCUGAAGCAGGUGUACCAGCGCCAGGGCUUGACCCACACUGCCACUGCCAUCUGGAAAGUUCUGACGGAGAUGUUCAGCCGUGCCAAAGGGGCCCGAGAAGAUGCCAACAAGAUCCUCAUCGUGAUCACGGAUGGGAAGAAGUAUAACGACAACCUGGAGUACUCACAAGUCAUCCCGUUGGCCGAGAAGAUGGGGGUCACCCGCUAUGCCAUUGGGGUGGGCAGCGCCUUCGUGGAUCCGGAUGCCGUAGAAGAGCUCCACACCAUCGCCUCCAAACCCAGCGAGGACCACGUCUUCCGGGUGAACAACUUUGACGCCCUGCAGGGCAUCCAGAACCAGCUGCAGGAGAAGAUCUUCGCCAUCGAGGGCACCCAGUCUGCCGACAGCAGCUCCUUCCAGCUGGAGAUGGCCCAGGAGGGCUUCAGCGCCCUGCUCACCCCCGAGGGGCCCGUACUGGGAGCGGUGGGCGCCUACGACUGGUCCGGAGGGGUCUUUGUCUACGACAGAAGCGGGGAGACCACCUUCGUCAACGUGUCCCGAGCGGCCGGGGACAUGAACGACGCCUACUUGGGCUAUGCGGCCGAGUCCCUGUCCCUGGCGGGCAGGCGGGCGCUGGCGCUGGGGGCCCCCCGCUACCGCCACGUUGGCCGCCUCCUCCUCUUCCACCGCCGCGGCCCCCGGGCUGCCUGGGAGCUCCUGGCCGAUGCCACGGGGCCGCAGGUGGGCUCCUACUUCGGGGCGUCCCUGUGCGCCCUGGACCCCGACGGGGACGGCUCGGCCGAGGUGGUGCUGGUGGGGGCCCCCACGUUCUACGGGGCCGGCAGCGGGGGCCGCGUGGCCGUCUGCACCCUGAGGCCGAAGGGCGGCCGGUUGCGGUGCCAGCAGAUGCUGCAGGGACAGCCCGGCCACCCGUUGGGGCGCUUUGGGGCCAGCCUGGCUCGUCUGGGGGACGUCGACGGGGACCGGUGGCCCGACGUGGCCGUGGGGGCCCCGCUGGAGGACGAGGAGCGGGGGGCCGUCUACAUCUUCCGCGGGAAGCAGGGAGGCGUCGCCUCCCAGUACGGCCAGCGCAUCUCAGGUGCCCGGUUCUCCAGCGGGCCACGCUAUUUUGGCCAAGCCAUCAGCGGUGGCCAGGACCUGACGGGGGACAGGCUGCCGGACGUGGCCGUGGGCGCCCAGGGACAGGUUCUGCUGCUCAGGUCUCAGCCGCUGCUCAAGAUCCGCGUAACGGUGACUUUCCAGCCCCAGGAGAUCCCAGCGUCCGCCUUUGACUGUCAGGAGGAGGAAGUGCUCAAGGGAGAAGUGGCCAAGGCUAAGAUCUGCUUCCUCAGCACCAAGAAAACCCCUGACAACUUUGGCAGCCAGCUUUCCACCACCCUCCGGUACCAGGCGGCCCUGGACCCCAGCCGGGCAAUGGUCCGGGCCGUCUUUGCCGGCGGCGCCGCCGUCCGCAACGGGACCCUCCGACUGGGCGUCGGGCAGAGGUGCGAGACCUUAGGCAUCGCCUUCACGGGGUGCCCCCAGGACACGCUGACCCCCCUGGUGCUGCGCCUCACCUACGAUGCCACGGGAGACCCCAUCGGGGUGGCCGGGGGCCUGCGGCCAGCCUUGAGCGAGGACUCGGUGAUGGUGGCCGUGGGCACGCUGCCCUUCGAGAAGGACUGCGGUGAAGACAACGUCUGCGUCGACGACCUCCAGAUCUCCUUCAACUUCUCAGGGCUGGAGACCGUUGUGGUGGGGGUGACCGACGUGGUGGACGUCACCGUCACCCUCCGCAACCGCGGGGAGGACUCGUACGGGACCACCGUCCAGCUGCAUCACGCCGAGGCCCUCUCCUACCGCAAGGCUGUGGUGCUCCAGUCCUCCAGGAGAUCCGCGUCCCUGCGCUGCAACUCGGAGCCGGCGGAGGGACCGCGGCGCAGAACCCUCUGCCUCGUCAACCACCCCAUCUUCCGCCCCGGCGCCGAGGUCGUGUUCACCGUCACCCUGGACGUGCCCCACGGCGCGGAGCUGGGGGGGGUGCUGGAGGUGGUGGCCAAUGCCAGCAGUGACAACGGGGCGCCGGGCGGCCGGGUGCAGCACGCCGAGAUCCCGGUGAAGUACGGCGUCUUCCUCGUCCUCGCCAGCACCCCGGACUCCACCAAGUACGUCAACGUCUCGACCCGCGCGGGAGCCCCCACCAGUGCCCCCGUCACCCACCGCUACGAGGUGAAGAUCUUGGGCCAGAAGGGUCUCCCCAUCAACGUCACCUUCUGGGUCCCCACGGCCCUGGGGGGGGACCCCGCUGUGGGACGAGCUGAAGGUGACCCCCUGACCAGGUAA